AUGUAUCUGGCCUUAUCUCCCAGCGUCUCAGCCACCUCCCGCUGCCGCUUCCAGGCAACGCAACGCGUCCAGCCCCGGGAUAUUAUGUUUGCUAUGGAUGUUCAGCUUUUUCUUGCUGGUACUCGUACUCUUUUGAACACGCAUCAGCGGCUAAUACCGAUGAUUCAAGCUGGACCGCCAAGGCAAAUAGAAGAAAAAAAAAAAGAGGCUGAACAAAUCCGUACCGAGUAUCGAGCCACUAAACCGCAGCUGGGGGAUGCCUGGAACUCGGGCUGGCUCAAUCUCAAUCUCCCUCUGAAAGCUCGGUGGCUGGAGGGCUCACAGCACCCAGAGCUGCUCCCCCGGGCUCAAGCCGCCCCUCCUUUCUGCCCUGGAACAUGGAACAGAGCAAUCAAGCCAUUGGCGAGUCCCCAGAAAUUGUUGGCUGCCUCAGGACACGCUAGCCAAGGUACGGAGGACAACGCAGCUCAAGAAAAGGCCAUUGACUGACUGAUCGUCGCCAUGUUCCCCUUCACCUAAACUGCGCCGGUGGGUACAUUGCCGCUACCUGACAGUCCUAAUCUUUUUCCUGCUCCCCUUCAGCUUGGACCCCCCCAAAGUCCCAAAGUCCUCACAGUCACUUCGCCCCGAAACAAAAAGCCAGGCUGCUCUCGCUGCUUCUUCUUCCCCCUCUCCCCACCCAGUCACCUGUACUAAGCACUGCUAGCACC